UUCUUAACAAAUGCUAAUAAGGAGGCUAACGUUCGGCGAUUAACUAGGUCUCUUAUCUUAGGGAAGGCGAAGGUAAUAAGCUUUAAGGACCUUAAAGAGGCACGAGCUAAGCGUGCUAAGAAAGAGGAGAAAGCGUUAGUUACUAAGGUUCCUAAGAAAAGAGGACGUAAGUCUAAGACCUCUGCUAAAGUACUAGUAGAAGAGGUA